AUGGCUGCAAAGACUGGUCUGCCAGCUGAAGACGCUUCAGUUGGAUUACAAACGUUAGAAACCACUGAAAGCCCGAACCAACAGCAUGCGGAAACUUCUAACUCACCUGAGGAACCAAAGAGAACGAACGACGUCUCCCAAGCAUUGAACUUAAGUCCUAGACACACUAGUCUUAGGUCUAAUUCUCCUGAUGUUUCUUCGUUGAAUGAUGAUCUUUUAAGUGUGAUAAGCUCUCGACGGACACCAUUCAGUACAACUACAGCCAUUGGGGGUAGUGCAUCCGUAGUUCGUCCCAGUCUUGAAUAUUUUUCGUUCAGGCCAAGUAUGGAUCCCUCAGUGAUGAUAGGUAACACACGAACCAAUAAUCGGUCGGCUAUUUUUGACCUAGAUGGGAUCUCCCAUAGUGGUAAUUUGGACUUUUCACCCUUGGGUAACAAUUCAAUAUUUGAAAUUGUGAUGAAUACCAGACGUAAAGGAUGGUUGAAACAGCCCACAGUGAAAGAUAUACCUCCUGUAUCACUUACAAAAAGUGAAAUAGAGGAUAACUGGAAGGAUAUAUUGAAUAGUUACACGGUGGGCAUAAAGGAUGAGUACCGUACAUUCCAAACCACGAACACACUUUCAAGUAUGAAUAGGUUGCGUCAGUUAGAAAACCUAGAGAGAUAUGACAAGUAUGAAUUAUCAGAGGAAGACGAAGGGACUGCUAACGAGGACUUUUCGGUGUUUAAAGAAUUGGAGGAUAUUCCAUCUAUAUAUUUUAGCGAGGAUUUUCAAUUAGACAACCCUAGGGUCUUCAGAAAGGUCAUCCAGGACAUCGAUUUGCACCUAAAUUCAUUAACUACAGCAUCACAAACAAGACGAGAUAGUGCUAAUGAAGAAUUGAAAGAUAGACUAACGUUUUAUUUAGACACUAUUGAAAAUUUGUUGGUUAUCAAUAUUUCAAAGUCCUCUCAUAAAUUCCUGAAUACACUUGAAGACGUCGGCGCGAUUAAACAAAAGGCUCAGGUUGCAUUAGAGAAGUUGCGGGUUUUACAGGAAUCCCUAGAAACGGUUGACAGGGAUAGAAUACUGAAAAGGGUUUCAAUAUUAAAGAAAAUAUUGAAACGAAGAAACGUGGAGCGUUUACAACAGGGCCUGAUACAAGUUCAUGAAGUUAUCAAUAAAGUUGAGAAGUGCAAAAAAUUGUACCAUAAUGGGGACUAUGAAGAAUGUUUGUCAUCCAUCAAUUCAGUAGAGAAUUUCAUACGUGGAAAAACCUCUGAUGACGAAGAUACUAGAAAUUAUACAAAGAAGUGGCCUUAUGAAUUACUAGAUCUAAAAUCAGUUCCUGUGCUAGCAAACACACAUGAGUACUUGUAUAAUAUGCGCAUAGAGAUUGGUGGGCGCUAUUCCUUGGCUUUGUGCGAUUUACUUGUAGCAGAUUUACAGUCAUUCACAGCAAGCCAAACGCUGACAGAUACACUAUCUCGAUUACAGUCGUAUACUGACAGAGAAAAAAAGCAUUUGCAUAUUGAACCCAAGCUGCGUGAACGUGUAGAGGACCUUAUUAGGAAGUUGGUUGCCUGCGAAGAGUUGACUAGUGUCUUUAAGCUGUAUGAGACAAAGCUAAUAAUAGUGCUAAAGGAUAUCAUUAAGAAGCAUUUGCCGAAAGAAACAAUAUUGGUUGAAGGAAAUACUAAUGAACCCAAUACCAGCAGUGAUUCUCUACGCUCUGAGGGGUUCAGUGGCAGAAAUACCCAAAAUACCGGCAAGGACAACAACAACAACAACAACAACAACAACAACAACAACAACAACAACAACAACAACAACAAUAAUAAUAAUAAUAAUAAUAAUAAUAAUAAUAACAACAAAAGCAAGCGCAACAACAGCAAUGGUGAUACUAAUUCUGUCAGUAACACUGGAUCUAAACUCUCACGUCUAAUUCGUGAGCAGAGUCCCAAAGAUUUCCAGGACAUGUUAAUCAAUAUUUUCGUCGAAGAAAUUAACACAUUCAGGCGAUUAUCAAGGCACCAAAAAUUGCUAUUGGAACUGGCCCUAAAUGAGAUUACUCCGGAACAAAAUCAACAUGAAAUGAUAAUGCAAUUGGAUAUCAGGCGUGCUAUAAAUGAAGGUAUACGGAUAGUCCAGUUACGAAUGGGUAAAAUUAUAGCGGUCAGGCGUGAUCUUACGAGCCAGCUACGGUUCGACUUUUUCCUACACUUUUACAGCAUAUGUUCACUCUUUAUUCAAGAGUGCGAAUCCAUAACCGGCGACUUUUUAACAAAAUACCUCAGUGAUGUUAUAUCCAUGCAGGUGAAGAACUACAUUAUGACUGCCAGUUCUCUGAAUAUUAGAACACUCCAGGACAGAAUCGAUAACGAAAAGUGGAUUCCUUUUAUCGUAGAGAGUAGAAUACAAAGCGACGUUAACGAUAUCGCGUCCUGUGUCGACAUUGACCCCCUCGACUGGACCUCUAUCACAAACCUCUCUACCCUUGUCAGUAGCACCUCCCCAGCGCAUUCAGGGCCCACCUCAACUUCCCCCUCACCUACCGGUCACAAAAAAUCUGUCGUAUUAGGAGAAAAAACCUUUGUUGCAAGCGAUGCCCUGAUCCUAGCAAUUAAAAUGAUUAAGUCCGCCCUCAUACUCUCCAUCAACUUGCCACCUUACUACCUAUCCAACUUCGAAAACAUUAUCUACGAUCUCUUCCGCCUUUUUAACUCCCGCGCCAUCUCAUCCGCUACCACUAGUGUGGACAAAAAGAAGACCACCGGCAAAUCUGGCAAGAAUCUCAGCAUAAUGGGCGAAUCCCUAGACUGUCUUGCUGAAUUUAUCACUGUUAUCCAAGGCUUCUACCAACGCAUGGAUGCCCGCCAUAAGGAUUUCCAGUGUCUACCUACACAUAACUAUACCCAGCUGCUCCGGCAGUUUCAGGAAUCUUCUGAUAUGCUCUAUCAAGCACAUGCUCCUCCUCCCCCAAUGUAA